AUUGAAAUGUUGAACGGCUUCGAGUGAGGUUGUGCCUUGUGCGGUAUUCUGAAUUCAGAAUUCAGUCGGACAUAUUGUGGUUGGGUGGCUGUGUUUGUAUGUAUUGUGUUUAAAAAUGGCGAAAUCAUUCCCCAGUGUUAAUGUUUCACGUGUUACUAAUUCGGGCGAUUUAAUUCCCAAAUACGAUUUUGAUGUUAAUCUUGUAAUCGAUUAUGAUCCACAAGGCCUGAGUGUCAAAUUAAAGAAAGAUGACAAUAAGAACGAAGAGCUCAGUGAAUUUCCAGUUCACAGGUUCACAGAAUGCUCAAGGGUUGGCGCCCUCUCAUAUAUUUUCACAUUUGAUUCUGAUAGUUUGUGUCUAAAGUUCUCAUCUGAAGCAGAUUUAAAAAGGUUUCAUUCGUACGUCAAAGAAGUGAAAAUCGGCAAAAACCAAUCUGUUUUCUCUGAAAGAACCGAUGAUUCUUCAGCCGUCCAAUAUUUUAAGUUUUAUGGGUACCUAUCGCAACAACAGAACAUGUUACAAGACUUUGUGAGAACAAGCACAUAUCAGAAAGCCGUACUGGUGAACUCGGAUGACUUCAAAGAUAAAGUUGUGCUUGAUGUAGGGGCCGGAUCUGGUAUUCUCUCAUUUUUCGCUGUUCAAGCUGGUGCUAAACGGGUCUAUGCUGUCGAAGCAAGCUCUAUGGCAUUACAUGCAGAGACCUUGGUGAAUGCAAACAAUAUGAGAGAUAAAAUCAACGUUAUUGCUGGAAAGAUCGAGGAAGUCGUGUUACCUGAAAUGGUAGACGUUAUCAUCUCUGAACCCAUGGGCUACAUGCUAUUCAAUGAGCGUAUGUUGGAAACCUAUUUGCAUGCGAAAAAAUGGCUGAAAAGUGGAGGAAUUAUGUUCCCAAGUAGAGGUGAUUUGCAUAUCGCACCAUUCAACGACGAAUCUUUGUUCAUGGAACAAACCAAUAAAGCGAAUUUCUGGGUGCAAACAUGCUUUCAUGGCGUCGAUUUGAGUAGCAUGAGAGGAGCUGCUAUGAAAGAAUACUUCAGUCAUCCAAUUGUCGAUACGUUUGACAUGCGAAUUUGCAUGGCUAAAUCGAUCAAACACAGCGUCGACUUUGGCGAAGCGCAAGAGGAAGAUCUACGAGAUAUCAACAUACCAUUGGAGUUCUACAUACUGGAAUCGGGAAUGGUACAUGGGCUGGCGCUGUGGUUCGAUGUGGCUUUCACUGGAAGCAACCAAACGGUCUGGUUGUCGACGUCUCCAACGGAACCUCUCACUCAUUGGUACCAAGUGCGUUGCUUACUCGAGAAACCCAUAUUCGCUAAACACGGACAACGCCUCACUGGAAAGAUAGUCCUCCAAGCAAAUCAGAGGCAAAGCUACGACGUGACGAUGGAACUGUGCAUCGAAGGUGCCGAUAACACUAAGGUAACGAAUACUUUAGAUCUACAAAAUCCGUACUUCAGGUACACAGGCCAGCCAGUGGCGCCUCCACCCGGAGUAAGCACAACCUCGCCCAGUGAGUCCUACUGGAACCAACUGGAUACACAAGGUGCGCGGCAAGCCGUCAACAUGGUGAAUGGAAUUACGGUGAACGGACUGGGGGAUGUAUCGAUGGAUACGUUGCAAAACAAUGCUGGGAUCAUAAAUCUUGAAAUGAGAAGUAAACCUUGAAAUUUGUACGCUUUCGGUGUAGAUUAAUGGAUGACUCUUUAUAAUCGCAAGCAGCUCACCAGCUAGUAGUUGGAAAUACUGCUCAUUUUCCUGUCAACAGCAGUCUGAUGAUUGGUGACUACGUUACCCCAAACAGUGGCAUGAUGAGUGUCCAGGCUUAUCGACAAUAAACCGUUUUUAACUUAUAGACAAACGCCAGAGCUAGGUACCGCAUGUUGAAAAUCUAGUCCUUCAUUGAUCAAUAUCAGUGAUUACCGGUCGUGCUUUUAUGUUCUCAAACAUAAUUCAAUUCUCAACUUUGCAGCCUACAUGCCAAAUACUCAACCGAUGAAUCGUUAACUCAACUGAGGGCAAUAAUAAUAUUAUCAUUGAACUUAAUUUAUUAUACAAUUUUAUAGAUGAAAACGCACUGAACUAUUUUUCAAGCACUUUGUUUUUUAAUUCGUAUAUUGUUGAAUCAUACAUUUGUGUAUAACUGAAGAAGCUAAGAAUUCAACGUGUUGAUUUUCUUAUUCGGCUUUACAGAAAUUUGCCUACCCUUCGUCUGUGUUAAAUUAUUUCAAACUAAACCCCACAGUUACAUUUUUUAUCACAAUUUUAUACAAUUGAUUUUAUUUUGCAUAUCAAUUGUAGGCCUAUAAAGACGUAAUGAGCGUGAUUCGAUAAUAUUAUAGUUUCGCUUUUAUAUUUUAACAGUAUUUUUCCGUUAUUGGAAAUUUUUUAAUGUUACUGGUUCCUAUUUAGCCAAACUUGGUGAUUUUUAUAAUGUUAACAUCAAACAUGCUAGAUUCGCAUUUAGAGCCAGUUGAAAUUCAUAAUUAACGACAGUUGUUUACCUGAUCUAAUAUGAAUGAUUUAGAUUGAUGAAAUAGUGUGUAUGUAUGUGUUAUUAUUUAUUGUCUUCUAAGAAGAUACUCUAUGUUCACUUUUUGUAAAGCAAAGAAUUACCCAGCUGGUUUGGAAAAUGGUUAUAACAUUUUUCUCAGCUCAUAUUAGGUGGUUGUCCUCUAGGAAAAUUGUGAUGUCCGUUUCUAGAUUAACACUAAUCACCGAAUUAAUGGUUCACAGUGAUGACUUCAAUUGUGUAUAAUUUUCACACUACAAUUUCGUCCUUUUUUCGUUGCUGGACAUUUAUAAUCUCAAUUCUGUGUUUUUUCGAACAAUUUUUCAUAUUCACAAAAUUUAGAUUGAUAUAAUUUGCGUUUUCAGACUAAAAAAUAAAUUGAUUCUGCAUAUCCUGUUUUAUACAAAUAAAUAUUUUUCUGGUAAUGCAGCUAAAUUUUGUUUAAUGACUCUGAUUAUUUGCAUGCUUAAUAAGUGAGAGGUUAAUUUCAAUCGACGUAAAAUGUAAAAUAAUUAUUGUAUUUCUAUUUGAUACCCAUUCUAUUAUUUGCUAUUCAUUCACACAUCACAAUUAUUUUUUGAGGAAUUUAUACAACUUAAUUCAUCACUGUGAAUCAUUACUACUGUAAUUAAUUUCAUGACUGAAAAUACAGUGUAGUUAUGUAUAGAAUCUGAAGUAAGGAAAAUAAUGCAAUAACUAAUUGAAUCCCUCAUUUUUAUUCAAACAUUUAGAAUAACCUGUGUUCAGUAUCGGUUUGUUGAUAAUUUUAUUUGUUUUACAGAAAGUUUUUAUUCUUACUAGAGUAGAGUUAGCUAAUUUUAAAAUCACUUGCCAUUCUUCUACAGUUACUGUACAACUGUACUAUAUAAUAUUUUUGAAAUCGUGAUUGAAAAUUGGUAGAUUUUCUGUAAAAAGUGCCGAUUGUGGAUCAAUCGUCUUUGAAAUUGUGAUUUUAAAAAUUCUCAUCAGCCUACCAAACGUAUUAGCAUUUACUGUUGAACCGGAGUCAAUAGCUGUAGAAUAAUAUUUAUUUACCAUUGAUAGUAAUUUAUUCUACAAUAUGCAUUUUAUUUUUACAAUAAGUUAUUUCUGUCUUUUGUUCUGUGAAGUGCCUUCACUGUAAAAUUAAGUUUUUAGUUUUGAUUUCAAUUUUUUUAUGCUAAGUUCCUUGUUAGUGGAACUUUAGUUCCUUUUUUCAGUGUUUAGUUUUGUAUAGCUUGGCUACUUUAGACAGAGAUUAGCUUCCAUUCAUAUGAUUUAGAUAAGCGAUUUGCUGUGCAAAUGUGGUAGUUCUAAGGAUUCCCAACUGAGAAGUGUAAAUUUUAUAAGUAUAUAAAUGAAAGUGCAUUCAUUUUUCUAUUACAAGUGUGGAAAUGUAAUUAAUUUAAGUUGAAUUGAUGUAGUUAACACGUUCACGACGGCUCAGCUCAACUAUCUCACAUUUUAAUCACAAUUUCAGUUGUUUCUUAUCAGUGUUACAGAGAAUUUAUUAGUGGGUCAGGAAUUUACCCUCCCAGAAUCACAUUUUAUUGUACAAAAUAGUUUUAGGAUCUAGUUUUGAAUAAUAGAUAUUACAUUUGAGCAAUGCUAUGGGAAAUAUAAUUGUUAUAUAAUUUUAUAAAAGAAUACAUUACUUCCCAGUUAUUUAUGAUAUUAUUUUCAUGAUAUUUAUAUUAGUUGACUUACAAUGCAUUGUGUGAUGAUUUUUUAAUAAUUUAUUGAGUUAAUAAUGAUACAUAAAUAAUGGUGAAUAAAACCUAUUUUAUGUUCCCAUGCUGGUAAUUAAUAAUUAUUUUAUUUGCAUAUCUAUGUACUAACUCAGUAAAUUUAUAACUAUGUUUUAGAAUUUGAUAUCCAAAUUUUCUAAUAUCGGUAGUUUUUCAUAUUUUAUCGAUGUCUUUUUAACAUAAUAAGUCCCAAUAAUUUCCAAUUUUAUUGAUGUUUUAGAAUAUUUUGCAAGUCUUCCUGUAGCUAAUUCUUCUAUCAGAUAGAUAAUGAUAUUUGAGAGAUUAUUUUUUCCAUAGAGUAUCACCAAUGCUGGUUUUUGGUGAAAAACACUCAAAGGGACUGGAUAAUCGGGUAUAAUGCUAUUUAGAUAGUUUUUUGUGAUUCUGUAUUUUAUCUGUAUUAUUCCUCGUAAUUUUUGAGAUUAUUUGAAAGCAUCAAUCAUUUGUCUCUAAUGAUAGCAAUAAUAGUGUGAGAUGCUAUGAUAAUAAUUUAUUAUUAGCCGACGAGAACGUGAUAAUUAGAUUAUAUUAUUAAGAGUGUUGUCCAUUGCUAAAAACCAAGUUAUUGUUGGUAAUUUAUAAGCCAUUGAUUGAUUUGUGAAUCAAUUGAAAUUUCGAUUCCACUCGAAUGUGGAUAUGUACGUUUCUAUUUGACAUCACGUACUAAAUAAAGCGAAUAGUUUAUAAG